UCACUUUAUACAUUUAACCGGAAGUAAGAGUGCGCAUGCGGUGUUCGUUGAGACCACGCUUUGCCGGGAGAAAAUUGGUUUCGAGUUAGGAAGGCCUUUAUCAACAUAGCGAGUCAACACAAACACACAAAAUGGCUGCUCUUCCUAUGAACCCCAAACCUUUCCUGAAUGGUUUGACAGGCAAGCCAGUGAUGGUGAAACUCAAGUGGGGAAUGGAGUAUAAGGGCUAUCUAGUGUCAGUGGAUGGCUACAUGAACCUACAGUUGGCCAACACAGAAGAAUACAUUGAUGGUGCAUUAGCUGGCAACUUGGGGGAGGUUCUCAUCAGAUGCAACAAUGUGCUGUACAUCCGGGGCGUGGAAGAAGAGGAGGAGGAGGGGGAGAUGAAGGACUUAUAGAACAGGGAAUCUUUAUAUGGACAUGACAUGUACUUGAACACUGUGCCCCGGUCUGGAACAUUGUUCCAUAUCGAUGUCGGACUGACCCAGCCACCAAUCAUUCCUGCUGGGAUUUGUCAUCUCACAUUGUGUUACAAUCCACAUCUAUUCAUGGAGCUCAUCUCUACAAUGACUGUGUGGACACUGCCUGUCAUCCAUCAUCAGUUUGUUUCAUGCAUAUUGUUUACUAAACCAAUGUGAAUCAGGCCAUAAGGAAUUAUUUACGAAGAUUUUCAUUGCCUAUGCCAUCACACAUUAUUAUAUCACAUGCAGUAAAAGAAAAUUGCCAUGUGUGUUCUUUUCGUUUUUAAUUAGAUAAAAUAGGCAAUAUGCUCAUUCCUUCGACCAUUCAUGCUUCAUUAGCAUGUCCUUCAACAGUUAAUGUACACAUAUGCCUUGGACUGUAAAAACUGUAUACCACUCAAAAGUUAAAGAACAGGAAGAAUAAGAAGAAAUCUUUGUUUGAUCCACCGACCAUUUUAGAACAGCUGUAAACCUAUGAAAAAGUGGUAGUGUUUGACAUGUUUUCUGGUGGUAUAAAAACUUGCUAUGUAAUAAGAUGUGAUGAAAAUCUAAUAAUUAAUUUAUUUUGGCCUUGAGGAUGUCAGGACCUCCUGUUGGGAAGUGAACCUAAAAUCCAGGAGGUCCCUGUAUAACCCGAAUGUUCCAAGAUUUGAGGGGUUCCCAAAUUAAGAUAUUUCAGCUGUGAACUUCACCGAAUCCAGGACUCUUGAAUCCAGGACUCUUGAACGCUGGCCAGGGCAUGUUUCAAGAUGGUGUUUCUUAUAUUGGUGGAUCAGUACAAAUACCACAAGGAAGUGUAUUUGUUGAGGUUUCACAUCACUGCCCAGUCUUUAUUGUUUCAGGUAUUUCAAGUGUAUCAUGUAUUUCAAGAUACCAGUUUCAGAUGUGUAUCGGAACUUGUAAUUUUUUUAAUGAAAGAUAAAGAAUGUCGAUUAAGAA